CGCCCUAGAAGAGGACAGGACAGGAUAGUAGAGAUUCCCCAGCGACACAGCUGAUUUCCUCUUCGCAUUCCCCCAUAUGAAGGGAAAUCUGCAAGGGGGGGGCCCAAACUCGAGCACGGCUUGUCCUUUUCCCAAAGUGGUCCAGGACGACUAUGUCUGCUGGGAGCCAGGCUGCUGCUCGCGUGGGGGACUCUGGAGGUUGGGGGCUUUCGUGCCCCAUUACGGAGAGGGCGUAGCCUGGGGUGCGGGGUGGGGACACCUGAGUGCUGAUUGUCCAGGUGCUGCUUCUCCCGCCCUCUCCCCUGGUCGCGGGGGCUGCUGGGAGUUGGAGCGCAGCAGUACCUGCUUCCCCACCUCCCCGACAGUCGCCUUCUAUCUCGCCCCUGCUUUUGCGCCCCUCCACACCUGCUCUUUGAAGAGAGGCACCGCAAAUUCCCUUCUCUUUUUGUAGGGGGAUGGGGGGCAAUUUAGGACUCCUUUCCCUGACACCUUCACCUGCCUGCUCUGCCAGCUGAGCACCUCCUUGCCAGUUCAGUGUCAAAGUCUGGGAAGGGAGAGCAGCACCCCCUGUGUCAGGACCCCUGAAAGGACAAGCGGCCCCAGACAGCCCACAACUGAUGUGCCCUCUCUCAGAAGCCCUGGCCUUGAGCGCGUGAGGCAGCCGCUGAGCCAUGUCGCAGAUGCUGCACAUAGAAAUCCCCAACUUUGGGAGCACCGUCCUGGGCUCCCUGAAUGAGCAGCGCCUCCUGGGUCUCUACUGCGAUGUCUCCAUCCUGGUCAAGGGCCAGGCCUUCAAGGCUCACCGGGCUGUCUUGGCAGCCAGCAGCCUCUACUUCCGAGACCUCUUCAGUGGCAACAGCAAGAGCGCCUUCGAGCUGCCGGGCUCCGUGCCGCCCGCCUGCUUCCAGCAGAUCCUCUCCUUCUGCUACACCGGCAAGCUGACCAUGGCUGCCAGCGAGCAGCUGGUGGUGAUGUACACAGCAGGCUUCCUCCAGAUCCAGCACAUCGUGGAGAAGGGGACAGACCUGAUGUUCAAAGUGAGCUCCCCUCACUGCGACUCCCAGACGGCCAUGACGGAGGAGCCCUGCUCGGGGCCCCAGAGCCCCUGCCACCCCCUGCAGCCGCCCUCCCUGCCCUAUGCUGUGUCGCCUUCCGUGCCCCUUCCACUGCUCACCCGCGUCAAGCAUGAGACCUUGGAGCCUGCGAAGCGGUCCUUGGAGUGCAGCCUGCGGGAGGCGGCUGGGGGCAGCUCCUCUGCCAGCGCCCCGCUCAAAUUGUCGCGCGUCUCCUACUACGGGGUGCCCAGCCUUGCCACCCUCCUCCCCAGCAUCCCGCUGGCUCAGUACUGCCAGGGGGAGCGGACGAGCCCUGGGGCCAACAGCCUCCCCACCACCGACAGUCCCACCUCCUACCACAACGAGGAAGAUGAGGACGACGACGAAGCCUAUGACACCAUGGCGGAGGAGCAGUACGGGCAGAUGCACAUCAAGUCCACAGGCGGCUAUGCAGGGCCUCAAGAGAAGCCGGAGCCGGUGCCCCUGGAGAGCCGCUCUUGUGUCCUCAUCAGGCGGGACUUGGUUGCCCUCCCUGCCAGCCUUAUCAGCCAGAUUGGGUAUCGCUGCCACCCAAAACUCUACUCAGAAGGAGAUCCUGGAGAAAAACUUGAACUCGUGGCAGGCUCCGGUGUUUACAUCACUCGGGGGCAGCUGAUGAACUGCCACCUGUGUGCAGGUGUGAAGCACAAAGUUCUCCUGCGGCGCCUGCUGGCCACGUUCUUUGACAGGAACACACUGGCCAACAGCUGCGGAACUGGGAUUCGGUCUUCCACAAGUGAUCCCAGCAGGAAGCCACUGGACAGCCGGGUCCUUAAUGCUGUGAAACUGUAUUGCCAGAAUUUUGCCCCAAGUUUCAAGGAGAGUGAGAUGAACGUCAUCGCAGCUGACAUGUGCACUAAUGCCCGCCGGGUGCGGAAGCGGUGGCUGCCGAAGAUCAAAUCCAUGUUGCCGGAGGGUAUGGAGAUGUAUCGCUCCGUCAUGGGCUCCACUACCAGCAGUAUCUCCCUGGACCCUGAAUUCCAGCCUUCCGCUGCUCAGAUGUUCGAACAGCGGAUCUAUGCGGAGCGGAGGGGGGAUUCUGGAACCAUUGUGGCACUGAGAACUAACACGGUCACUGUGGAUCAGAGCAACAGAUCCAGCCAGCUGUUUGAGCCGAAUGAGCAGGGGGAGGGAGCCAGUUCUGUCAUCCAGGAGUCUGCUGGCCCAGAAGCAAUGGCUUUGGAGAGCCACAGCACCACACCGCCUUUCGAGCAGGGCCCAUCUGGGUCCACUAGCCGGCCGGAGACUCCGGCAAGACGACCGGAAGGCCCCUACGGAGGAGGAGGAGGAGGGACUUUGUGAAAGAGCCAGGAUCAUGCUGGGCUUGACCAACGAGGGAUCUCUAAUACUAAAGCUGCUUGCAUGCAUUAUUAAUACAGAAAAAAGAGAAAUGUGAUCAAACCAUUUACCUACUGAACUGCUACUGUUGCCUGAGAAAAAUGUGAUUUUUAUUCUGCUUGUGUUUAAGAUGGAUGAAGGAAAUAUCACAUUCGUUAUACUGUAAGCAACUCUAGGCCUAAGGCAACUUACUUACGGAAAACGGAAAUGAAACAAACCCCAGGCUCCUUUAAAAUCAAAAAUCCCGAGGUUUGUCUAGAAGGCAGUAGGAUUUUGUUUCAAAAGAGCUAAGCGAUAUUCCUCUCCCCCAUUCAUCCUCCUCCUCCUCCACCACCAUCCUCAGCCCUCCUCUUCCUCUUCCUCCUCCUUGUGAUGGGGCAUGUACAGAGAGGGGAGGGGGCAAGGAGCUGAUGGAGGAUGAGGAGGAGGCCUUGCUGGGGUUGGCUGCUGUAGGGUGAGGUUUUGGUUUGGUUGCUGCACAAUUCCAUUGCUUGGACCUUUUGUUUGACUUGUGGACAGGGAGGAUUUUUUUCAGGCACAAUCCACUAGGAGUAUAUCCUGUGCAGGUACUGUUGGGACGAAGGGACAUUUUUGCCUGGAAACUCCACCGGUGGCCAGUGCUCAGGAUAUUUGCUGGAUGGAAAGCCUUAAUUGCCCUUUUUCUUCCCUUGAUGGUGGCCCCUGCCUGGUAGUGGCACCAGGGCACCACACUUUCCUUUGUGUCUCCCUCAGGCAAUGGCUUCCCCGAGAGUUUCUUUUCUUUUUUUCUUUUUUUUCUUUUUUUUUUUUGGAAAGUGAGCGCAGGGCUCUUUCUGGCACAGCAACACCCUUCGGCUUCUGAAAUGAUUUGAAUCAGGUUGGGCACAUGACACCAUUUGUGGGUGUCAUGGAUUUCGUCCUGAGGAGUAUUGUGUUUGUGUGGGUGUGUGGCUGCACAAAACAUUCCAGAAUGACUCCCAUGAUACUAUUUGGCCUGCUCUUAGAUACAGGGGCAUCUUUGAGCUUCAUUUUGUUUAAUGCUGAAAUUUUGCUGGCAGAGAUGGUGAAAGGCAAAAGCUGCUUGGGCUGGGCAGAGGUGCCCCCCAGGGGGCUAAUACUGAGGGCCUCACUCUAUCCUGAUGCAUCUCAUGGGACCGGGGAGGGAGGUUAUUGUUAGCAUUGAGUGGUGUGUUGAUGGAGGUGGAAUAUGGUAAGGCUCUACUGGGCCAGAGUGUGGGCUGCAGUUGCUGUUCUUGGCAUUUCUGAAGGCAUUUCUGAAGGAGCAGACAGGGAAGAGAAAAGAGAUCAGAGGGAGAGGUGAGAAGGGAGUCACUAACUUGAGAGUUUUGUGGCACACUUGGCCAGAAUGGAUGUCUUUGGUGGCUGUCCAACCCUACCCCAAACCCUAUUGUUCCUUUUUUAGGAUCUGUAUUUUCCUAUUUGAUCCCACUCUUUUUUUUUUUUUUUUUGAGAAG